UAACAUGCCCAAUGCAUAUUCUAAGGAUUAAUAAAGAUCUUUUUGAAAAUGUUUUAAAACGUAAUUAUUGUAUCUGGUUUAAAUAUUUUAUUUUUGAGAAAAAUCACAUCUUCACUGGAAACAUCCAGCUCUCCCAUUCCUUAUGAGCUCAUGAGAUCUCCAAGGGGACACUACCAACGAGUUUUAAUAUGACAUCGAAAGUGCGGCUAUAUCAGCUUCACUUGUUUGUUGUGGUAAUUUAGUGUUUUGUUGUUAAAGGGUUUUCUUGAAUGUCGAUGUAGAACAAAGUUGGUAAAACAUCGGUAAAUCUCAUUGUAACAGUCAGAUAUUUAUUGUGGUAGUUUGGUGAAAAUAUAUAACAUACUGAUUGACUGUUUACAUCUGAAAAUGAAAAUCAAAUGUCAUCAACAUCAAAGAUCCAUUAUCAGUAUUUGUCACCAUUUACAGACUUGAGAAAGCAGUUAUACAGAAAACUUACAACACUGUUUCUAUAAAUUUAUCUUUGAGUUACUGACAGUUACUCUUCCAAGUGAAACAUUUCUCUUCAUUGUAUAGAAUGGGUAUAAGAUGAUUUUGCAUUACACUUAAAUUUGGACAGAUUUACAAAUGAAUUUCAUUGCUAUUUCUGAAACCAGCAGAAGGAAAACUGUUGAUGGAAAUAUUGCAGUAGAAGAAUUUUGAUCAAUGUUGUAGUAGAUAAAGAAGAAAUAUUGAUGUAAUUGUCCCGAGAAAAGAAAAAUUAAAGGGAAAUGAAUUUUCCUCAAGAAUUGCCAAAGGAAGUGGGAAAAUCACUUUAUCAUUGUGAUAUUUGUCAAAAGACAUUCUCUCUAAAAAGUAGCCUUAGUAAUCAUAAAACCAUCCACUCAGCAGAGAAACGACAUAAUUGUGAUAUCUGUGGUAAAUCAUUCCCUCGAUUACAAACCUUAAUUGUUCACAAGCGUACUCAUACUGGAGAGAAACCAUAUCACUGUGAUAUCUGUGGUAAAUCAUUCACUGUAAAAGGCACAUUAACUCAACAUAGACAUGUACAUACAGGAGAGAAACCACAUAACUGUGAUGUAUGCAGUAAAUCAUUCUCUCAAUUGCAUAGUUUAAUUACUCACAAACACAUUCAUACAGGUGAACAACCAUAUGAAUGUUGUAUCUGUGGUAAAUCAUUCUCUCAAAUGCAUAAUUUAAUUGCUCACAAACGCAUUCAUACAGGUGAAAAACCAUAUGGAUGUAAUAUCUGUGGUAAAUCAUUCUCUCUAAGGUGUCACUUAGAUGGUCACAAGCGUACUCAUACAGGUGAAAAACCAUAUCAUUGUGAUAUCUGUGGUAAAUCAUUCUCUCAGGCUAAUGGCCUAACUCGCCACAUACGCAUUCAUACAGGUGAAAAACCAUAUCAGUGUAACAUUUGUGGUGAAUCAUUCUCUGAAACUGGUAAUUUAACUAAACACAAACACAUUCAUACAGGUGAGAAGUCAUAUCAUUGUGAUAUCUGUGGGAAAUCGUUCUUUCAAAAAGCUCAUUUAAAUUCUCACAAACGCAUUCAUACUGGAGAGAAACCAUAUCAUUGUGAUAUCUGCGGUAAAUCAUUCUCUCAUGGGAAUGUCUUAAAUACUCACAAACACAUUCAUACAGGAGAGAAACCACAUUCCUGUGAAAUCUGUGGCAAAUCAUUCAGUGAUAGCGGUUCAUUAGUUCUUCACAAACGUAUUCAUACAGGAGAGAAGCCAUAUCACUGCGAUAUCUGUGGUGAAUCAUUCACUUACGGAAGUGCAUUAACUGGUCACAAGCGUAUUCAUACAGGAGAGGAUCCAUAUCGCUGUAAUAUCUGUGGUAAAUCACUUUCUACUAGUUCUAGCUUAAUUAGGCACAUACGUAUUCAUACAGGUGAAAAGCCAUAUCACUGUCAUAUCUGUGGUAAAUCAUUCACAGUAACAAGUCAGUUAAGUACACACUACGACUCUCAUACAGGAAAAUAGCUGUAUCACUGUGAUAUCUGUAAGAAAUCAUUCUCUUAAGCAAGUAUAUAAUUAUUCACAGACAUAUUUAUACUGGAGAGAAACCCUUUCAUGUGAUUUUUAUGGUUAAUCUUUCUUCCAAAAUAGUGAUAUAACUAAGUGCAGUGGCAUUUAUACAGAAGAAAAUUCAUAUUACUGUACUAUCUGUGAGAUAGCAUUCUUUUUAAGUAGUGCCUGAACUACUCACAAAUGCCUUAAUAAAGGAGAAAAAUUACACAAUUGUGAUAUCUGUGGUUUAUCACUUUCUGAAAAUAGUAAUUAACCUAAAUAGAUAUAACCAUUCUAGGGGGAAAAAAAACCAUCACAGUGUUAUGUGUAAUACAUCACUCAUUUACUUACAAAUAUACACUCUGUAAACAGAGAUAUCAUCACUCUAAAAUUGUCAGGAAUAUAGCAGCCUCCCUAAUGUUGGAUCUGCAAUAACAUACCUUACAAUACACUGUCAAAUUGAUCAUGUUUGGUAGUGCAACCAACCAUAAAAACUAUGCCCUCAAAACAUACAUGUGAAAUGUUUUACAUAACUCAUAGAACGGACCUUUUUUCUUUGUUUUGUUUUUUUUUGUGAUACUUUUAAUAAAUGAUUAUAUAUAUUG